AUGUUGCUCGUUGACUCACUCGCUUUAAGUGCUAUAAGCGUAUUUCUGAAAGUGGUAUAUGCGACACACGACUUCCCACCACAGUUCAAGUUCGGUGCUGCAUCAUCUGCUUACCAAAUAGAGGGAGCUUGGAACGAGGACGGUAAGGGUGAGAGCAUUUGGGACAGAUACGUCCACACACGGACCGGGGUAAUCGCGGAUGAGUCUAAUGGAGAUGUUGCAGCCGAUUCCUAUCAUUUGUGGCGUGAAGACGUCAGAAUUGCUGCUGAACUUAAGCUGGACUUUUAUAGAUUCUCGAUAUCCUGGGCUCGCAUUAUGCCAACGGGUUUUGAAAAUAACAUAAACCAAGCAGCCCUGAAACAUUACAGCGAUGUCAUAGAUGCGUUGUUGGAGCACGGAAUCGAACCCGUUGUAACUAUGUACCAUUGGGACCUCCCUGUGAAACUGCAAGAUUUAGGUGGAUGGACGAAUGAACUGAUUGCUUAUUGGUUUGAAAGCUACGCUGAAGUUUUAUUCCUGAACUACGCGGAUCGAGUGAAGACCUGGCUCACUAUAAAUGAGCCAAUAGUUAUCUGUGACUUCGGUUAUAAUCUGGGUACAUAUGCACCUGGCAUCCGAGAGCAGCAGUUAGCACCAUAUUUAUGCAACAAGAAUGUGUUGAUGGCACAUGCUAAAGCGUAUAGACUGUACCAACGGGAAUAUAAGGAUAAAUAUAAUGGGCAAAUUUCCUGGGCGAACAAUGUCCUCUGGAUAGACCCCCUGGAAUUACCACGCGAUGUUGAAUUGGCGACACUUGGAAAAGAACACAUGGUUGGUCGUUACUCUCAUCCGAUUUUCUCUCAAGAGGGUGGUUGGCCGCCUUCAAUAGAGAAACAUAUGCUCAACUACAGUUUAGCAGAAGGAUAUAGUGCAUCUCGGCUACCUCCUUUCACUCAACAGGAGAAAGAAUUCAUACGAGGAACGGGAGAUUUCUAUGGACUGAAUUACUACACUACUCGGCAAAUAAGGCCCGCGGAAGAGGGCGAAAAAGGGUUCUGGUUCCUGGACGGCUCGCCAGAGCUGGGCGCCAUGUUGGACAUACCCCCAGACGCGACAUAUGGCUCAUCUGAAAUGCUUGCGGUUGUACCGAGAGGUUUAGGCCAAAUGCUGUCCUAUUUGAAGAAGACGUAUGGUGAUAUCAGGUUUUUGAUAACUGAGAAUGGAUACCCAGGCUGGGAAGACAUCAAUGAUAUUGACAGGAUACAAUAUAUCAAGGAACAUCUGGAGGAGGUACUUCAAGUGAUGAAGACAGAAAAUGUAAGCGUCAUUGGAUACACCUACUGGUCUCUAAUGGAUAGUUUUGAAUGGAUUGGUGGAUACCAAUCGACAUUUGGCUUAUACGAUGUAGACUUCAAUGACCCGAAACGACCACGACGCCCACGAUUGUCCGCCAAAUACUACGCCUGCGUCAUAGACACCAACUCUCUAAACGUCUCACAAGAGUGCACAGACAACAUACCGAUUGCCGACACUUGGACAACUGAAGAGAAUACUGGCAACAUUAUCUUGCUUUCAAAUACCUUAGCGAUAGUUCUUCUAGUUGUUAUUUAUAUUUUUAUGAAAUUGGAUUAA